UUACUCCUUUAAAUGUAGUCUCUGAUCCACACUCCGGAACAAAAGGUGGCGGCAAUGCACAAUAAAGUUGUAUGCCAACCGCUUUAAAACAACAACAAAAAGAAGAAGAAAUAUGGCGGCGUCCGUAAUGAGAGGAUUCUAUUUAACGUUAUGUGUUUCUGGGACUCGUAGGAUGCACGUUCCUAUUAAGUACGGUUUGCACUACACAAUCGUGGACAGAGAUUAUAGAGGUGCUUACAGACUUAAUUUCUCUCCCACUCCCAGACUGAACUAUGGCAGCAAGGCGGAGGGUUACACACAGGACGAACAGAUAAACAUUCCAAUUGAUCGCCUGACAAUAUCGUACAGUCGGAGUAGUGGGCCAGGUGGUCAGCACGUUAACAAAGUGAACACAAAAGCAGAGAUCCGGUUCCACGUUCAGGCAGCUGACUGGAUUCCAGAAGAGGCACGAAACAAGAUCCUUCAGAGUAAUAAAACCAGGAUAAACAAAGCAGGAGAGUUGUUCGUGACAUCAGAAGUUAGCCGGAGUCAGCAAAGAAACCUAGAAGAUUGCUUGCAGAAAAUCAGUGACAUUAUUGCAGAGGCCAACAAGAAGCCACAUGAGCCAACCGCAGAAGACGUUGCUCUUCGGCAUGCCAGGCUGGAAAAAAGGAAAAUGGACAUCUUAAAACAGAAAAAGAUGAGGUCUGCACUAAAGCAGAGCAGAAGGGUUGAUUGAUCUGCUCCCAGCUAGAUCACACAAAUAGGACCGUGAUUUUAAAGUGAAUUGUUUGUAAUUGUUUGAAUUCUUUGCUUCUUUCCCUUCCUUGAAACAUAAAUCUAAAUAAAUCAACUUUAUAAUGUACUGUUAAUUACAGUAUGUGUAAUCAA